CACUCUUGUCCUGAUAUUUUGUUUUUACUUGUCAAUUUAUCGGCUCCACGAGUGUGUGAGCUAAUCACUUUCAUGAUUAUAAACAGAUAUAAUAAUAAUAAUAAUGGUGGGUCGUAAACCAUGUUGUGAUGAGGUUGGAUUGAGAAAGGGUCCAUGGACGUCGGAAGAGGAUGUGAAACUAGUUGAUUUCUUAAGGACACGUGGUGGCGGAGGAGGAUGGUGCUGGAGAGACGUACCUAAACUGGCGGGGCUAAGGCGGUGCGGUAAAAGUUGCCGUCUCCGGUGGACCAAUUAUCUCCGGCCAGAUCUCAAAAGAGGUCUUUUUAGUGAAGAGGAAAUCCAACUAGUCAUUGAUCUUCAUGCUUGCCUUGGCAAUAGAUGGUCGAAGAUUGCAGCAGAAUUACCGGGAAGAACAGACAACGAUAUCAAAAAUCAUUGGAACACUCAUAUAAAGAGGAAGCUCAUAAGAAUGGGUAUUGAUCCAAACACACAUCGUCGAUUUGAUCAACGAAAAGUCAACGACGAGGAGGAGAAGGAGGAGGUACCUGUGGUUUUGCAAAGUGACACGUCAGCAGGAAAUCUAAACCAGUUAGCUGACGUGGACAGUGAUGAUCAGCCUUGGAGCUUUUUAAUGGAAAAUGACGGAGGAGGUGGCGCCGGAGAGCUCACGAUGCUAUUGUCCGGCGACAUAACGUCAUCAUGUUCUUCUUCGUCAUCGUUGUGGUCCAAGUAUGGAGAUUUGGGAUACGAAAAUCUAGAACUUGCAUGUUUUGAUGAUCAGAAGAUUUAGAAGAUGAAUUAUUAUAAGGUUCAUUCUAUACAUUCAUGUAGUUGGACCAAUAUAACGAAAUAGUAUUUUUAAUUUUCUCUUCAAUAAUAAAAACGAG